UUCUUAUCAAUCUGGCAACCCUGCGUGCCUGCCUGCAAUCCACACUGAGAGCAGCGCUGUCAAACAAGGAGCUGGAAAAAUGGGACCGCAGAAAAACAGAGUUUUUGUUGUUGGCGUGGGAAUGACAAAGUUUGAUAAGCCAGGAGCAAGAGAUGGAGACUAUCCCGAUAUGGCUAAAGAAGCAGGAGAGAAAGCCUUGAAUGAUGCUGGAAUUCCAUAUUCUGCUGUGGAACAAGCCUGUGUGGGCUAUGUUUAUGGUGACUCCACUUGUGGACAGAGGGCUAUUUACCACAGCCUGGGUCUGUCUGGCAUCCCCAUUAUCAACGUCAAUAACAACUGCUCCACUGGCUCCACAGCACUCUUCAUGGCCCGGCAGCUGGUUAGGGGAGGAUUGGCUGACUGUGUGCUUGCUUUGGGUUUUGAGAAGAUGGAAAGAGGUUCCUUGUCCUCUAAGUACAUGGACAGGACCAACCCUAUGGACAAACACAUGGAAGUCAUGAUCAAUCGAUACGGAAUUGCAGCAGCUCCUGCAGCACCGCAGAUGUUUGGCAACGCUGGGAGAGAACACAUGGAGAAAUAUGGCACUAGACCUGAACAUUUUGCCAAAAUUGCCUGGAAGAACCACAAGCACUCUACCAACAACCCCUAUUCCCAAUUUCAGGAUGAGUACAGCCUGGACCAGGUUGUCAACUCCCGCAAGGUGUUUGAGUUCCUCACACUUUUACAGUGCUGCCCUACAUCUGAUGGAGCUGGAGCAGCAGUGCUGGCCAGUGAGGCGUUUGUGAGGAGGCAUGGGCUUCAGGCUAAAGCUGUGGAGAUCAUCGCUCAGGAGAUGACCACGGACCUCGCCAGCACCUUUGAGGAAAACAGCUGCAUCAAGAUGGUUGGCUACGAUAUGACACGGCUUGCAGCCAGGAAGUGUUUUGAAGCUGCAGGCCUGAAGCCCACUGACGUCAACGUCAUCGAGCUGCACGACUGUUUCUCUGCCAACGAGCUCAUCACAUACGAGGCUCUCGGCCUCUGCUCUGAAGGUAAAGCUGGAGAGUUAAUCGACCGGGGGGAUAACACCUACGGAGGAAAGUGGGUGGUUAACCCCAGUGGAGGGCUCAUCUCAAAGGGACACCCGCUCGGAGCUACAGGUCUCGCCCAGUGUGCAGAGCUGUGCUGGCAGUUAAGAGGGGAGGCCGGUAAAAGGCAGGUACCGGGAGCGAAGGUCGCCCUGCAGCACAAUAUCGGCCUCGGUGGAGCUGUGGUGGUCACACUUUACAGGAUGGGAUUCCCUCAGGAAGCAAGCCCACGGAUAGCUGCAGUGCCCACCAGUGCUGCCAGUGGUUUGGAGGGAUUCAAAGCCCAUAUAGUUUUCAAGGAGAUCGAUAAGAGACUAAAGGAGGAGGGAGAGGCGUUCGUCAAGAAAAUCGGUGGCAUUUUUGCCUUUAAAGUGAAGGAUGGGCCUGGCGGAAAAGAAGCACUGUGGGUCGUGGAUGUGAAGAACGGUAAAGGCUCUGUGGACAAUGACUCAGGGAAGAAAGCCGACUGCACCAUCUCUAUGGCAGAUGCUGAUCUACUUGAAUUGAUGACGGGGAAACUGAACCCGCAGACUGCCUUCUUCCAAGGAAAGCUAAAGAUCACUGGGAAUAUGGGGAUGGCCAUGAAGCUGCAGAACCUUCAGCUCACUCCAGGAAAGGCCAAACUCUAAAGCAGCACCUCUCAGUUUGAAGACAGAAGACCUGAAGUUUGAAUGCAAGACCACGUCCAUCUAACUCCCAUCAGCGGUGACAUUCCCAAACAUGGCAACAAGAUGGAAUAACUUUCUGCACUUAAUCGUCGAUCAUUUGUUGACUCCUGUGAAAUUACAGUACAUAUAAAAAAACGUUAUUCAUUUUAAAGCGUUACACACUUAAUACAAAUGUACCAUAUUAUAAUGGUAAACAGCAGAUGGUGUAUGACGACACAAAAGAUAAUAGGAAAUGAGCUUUUAGUAUACAUUAUGGCAUGCAAAUAACAUAUAAUACAUGUAUAGGAGUUCUGUUAUGUUAAAAGCACAGAAAGGAUUGUUUUUUCUCUAAAUGCAUAUUCUGUGGAUUACCACUAGAAUUAUGUGAAGUUGCUGUAGGGUGGUCUUACAUUUCUUUUUAAGGGUUAUUACUAACUGCACUUGCAUUAUGCCACAUAAUGUGCCUCUGUCAGAGAGAGUAAUCAUUAGCAUUAGCAUUAUCUCUAGAAUUUAUGUAAUUCAAAGUUAAUGAGUUAUCUGCAAUAAGAGCCAGUGUGUGGGAUAAGAAUUCAGAUUUCAGAUUUCAAAAAUCUCUUUUUUCUUCUUCUAAAAAAAAUCACUACUGUAAGUUCAGUUUCUUACACAUUAGCUUGAGUAUGGGAUCAGUUUCAUUGUUAAAUAUGUCUCAGUAAGGAUGUUUGAUGAAGCAUUUUGUCUAAUUGUGGUUUUGAUAUAUGUGUUAAAAAUGAUGAGAUGCGAUUUCUAAUACAAAUAAAUAAAUAUAAAUAUAUAUAUUUCCUAUGAACUAAAAAGAUGAUGUUUGUUUAAAAGGCUUUAAAACUUUCUAAAAAAAAAACAAGCUGUAUCACUACCUACUAAAAGAAAUCUGCGUCGGACUGCAGUAAACAGUGCCUUAUGUUGUUGAUGUUUGGAGAAUUUGCCUAAAUUGUAGCUUAAAAUCUAAUAAAGCGAAGUUUCCCUUUUGAAAAUACAACACUGUACUGUUGUUCUAAGGUUAAAGUGGUGGUGAUGUGCUGGAAUACAAGUUAUUACGGCUCCACCUGUGCUCACUAAUCUGCUGUAAAACUGUAAAACCACCAGAAACAAGCCGCAAGUCCCCCUACCUGUACUGCGGAUUUGUAAAUACUGCUUUUAAAUUAGGGUCUGCCCACUUACACUAAGUGGAGAGCGCGGUGGCUGAAUGACUGACUGCUCUUAAGCCUUGACCCGCUGCAGAGGGGAUUUGGAAAUCUCAUCAGCAUGCAGAACACAGUCUGUGUUACUCGCUGAAAUACAGAGCGCUACUGUAGCUGUCCUGAAAGAAGACUUUAAAUUUCCACAGAAAAUGUUGCCAGUUAUAAUUUAUAUUUUUUGUCAGUUUGAGCCCUAAAAUGAUUUGCUGAUAUUUCAUGGUAUUUUCACGAUAACAAUACUACUGUUGGUAAUAUGACAAAACACUGAAUUUAAAAAAAAUAUUUCAAGAAUACACUACUGCAAAAAAAUUAACAUUUUAUUUUAUUACUUCAUACGAUAUGAUAUGGCACACCCCUAACUGAGACAAUAAAUAUUUAAAAACAUGA